UGUUAUGUUUUGUACACGCCAUGAUUUCGAAUUUCAAUAAAACGUCGCGAGUGUCGUAACAAAACGUUUUGUGAACAUUAACAUGGAUGUGUUAUACUUGUGUAUUGCCCUGCUACUCGUACAAGGGUAUGCAGAAGCGUUGUGUCGUUUCCCGGGGGCGCCAGCUCACUCCCAUGUCACGUUCUCUGAUGAGAAGAUGUCUGAAGGCACGGUGGCCACGUACACUUGCGAGCAAGGCUUCGAGCUCCUGGGACCAGCCAGGAGAGUAUGCAGCGCGAAUGGACGAUGGACACCGGACGGCAUACCAUUUUGUGUAUUAAACGUGGCAGCGGGAAAAGCUCCAAUGCAAGUGUCCACGGACGAGGGUGGGGUUCCUCAGAGGGCGCUGGACGGCAGCACGGCUUCCUCGUUCAACGCAGACACGUGCACUCUCACCAAGCCGGAAAGAGUUCCGUGGUGGUACGUCAACCUGCUCGAACCCUACAUGGUGCAACUUGUGAGGCUUGACUUCGGGAAACCUUGUUGUGGAGCAAACAAACCCGCUGUGAUCACAGUUAGAGUGGGCAAUAAUCGUCCGGACCUGGGCACCAAUCCCAUCUGUAAUCGGUUCACCGGAUUCCUCGAGGAAGGCCAACCUCUCUUCCUACCAUGUAAUCCUCCUAUGCCGGGCGCAUUCGUCAGCGUGCACCUAGAAGCCUCCACACCUUCACAGCUAUCAAUAUGCGAAGCUUUUGUUUACACGGAUCAAGCGUUACCGAUCGAGAGGUGCCCCCAGAUCAGAGAUCAACCGCCUGGCAGCACGGCGACGUAUAAUGGAAAAUGUUAUAUAUUUUACGACAGACAACCAGCGAACUUCAGGGACGCUCUCGGCUUCUGCAAUUCACGAAAUGGCACAUUGAUUGAUGAGAGCAAUCCAGCGCUUCAAGGAUUCAUAAGUUGGGAGCUAUGGCGACGCCAUCGAAGCGACAGCAGUAGCCAGUAUUGGAUGGGGGCGAACCGUGACCCCCAGGACCUUUCAAACUGGAAGUGGGUGAACGGCAAUGACGUCACAUUAUCCUUCUGGAACGCACCAGGCGGUAGGGAGGACUGCGCCAGGUUCGACGGCAGCAAGGGGUGGCUGUGGGCUGACACUGACUGCCGGGCAAGACUGAACUUUAUCUGCCAGCACCAGCCUAAAGCAUGCGGUAGGCCCGAACAGCCUCCUAACUCGACGAUGUCUGCUAAGAGCUUCAACGUGGGUGCUUCUGUUGAGUACGCAUGCGAUGAAGGACACCUUUUGGUUGGCCCCACAACAAGAACCUGUCUAGAUACAGGAUUUUAUGAUGAGUUCCCUCCUGUGUGCAAACGAAUCGAAUGCGGCUACCCAGCGGAUAUACCGCACGGAGUGUACGAACUUGUAAAUAGUUCGAUAUCGUAUUUAUCUCAUGUGCAAUACUCAUGCAAGCCCGGCUAUGAGAUGGUCGGACGUUCGCGGCUGGUCUGCGAUAUCGACGAGAGGUGGAAUGGUCCACCGCCGAGAUGCGACGUGGUACAAUGUGAAGAACCGCCUCAAAUCUUAAAUGGUCUCGUGACGAAGGCAGCGAACAACAUCUCUGUUUUCGGCUCUGUCGCGGAAUAUGCCUGUAUUCGUGGAUACAAACUGUAUGGGGCACGAAGAUUAACUUGCCUUGCAUCUGGUGUUUGGGACAAACCGCCACCAUACUGCCGAAUUAACGAGACAACCACAACAUCGUCUAGCACGACAACGACCGUCAGCCCCCCGGCGACUACUACUACAUUACCACCUAGCCCGGUGCCAUCCACGCUUCCACCACUACUGCCCACCAGACCGCGACCCUCUCCUCGACCAGUGUCAUCGCCGACUCCCUUCUCUCCCUCUGAUAUUUCACGAAGACCGAGACCGAAGACAACAGAACGGCCAACUACGAAAGUGUAUGAGAAGCCGCCGGAAAGGAAGGUGACGGUUGGAGACACACAAGAGUCGCCUACCAGCCACGUACCACAUAUUAUAGUGGCCAGCCACCCAAGGGAAAAUCAAAUUUUGGGUAGCGGCAAUAACAUACGAGCGGAACAGACUCCUCGCGUCAACGUUCCCCAACCAGUCGAUGGGGAGCGGCACGAAACGAUGGGUGCGCGCCUCAAUCUAGGCGCUGUAGUCGCGCUGGGCGCGUUCGGUACUAUUGUGUUCCUUGUGGCAAUAAUUACCACAAUAGUCAUACUCGUUAGGAGCAGGAAGCACCACGACGGGAAGAGAUACCGUCACCACGUGUCGCCAGACUGCAACACAGUUGCGUCCCUGGACUCUUCCUCGUCUGAGUCUAGGAGCGGCCUGAACAAGUACUACAGACAGGCGUGGGAGGAACUCCACGAGGCCGCCGGCGCCAAACACGGCCAUAGAAGAGACAGAGAGGCGCCCAAAGAUGGGUCCGAACUGGUGGUGUCAGACGUGUACCCUGCCAACCACGCACGGGACAAGCGGCGUCAUCAUCAUCACCAUCACCACCGUGAACCUCGGCACCCGGACUGGCAAGCGCCCCAUCGUCCCCACCAUAAUCAUAAACCUAGGUAUUAAAGACUCGUUAAGCAACUUCAUCUAAGUAAUUCACAGGGUUCAAUAUGGACAUUAAACUCAAACAUUUAUUAGAUACUUGUGAAAUUUUAAUGUGUAGUCUAUUAUGAUAUGAUAAUUAUUAUAAUUAAUUAAAUUUGUUUAUUAUUUUAGUAAUUAUGUGAGAAUAUUGAGGCUAGAAUUUAUCAACUGAACCAAAUAUCUGUGCAGGUUGUCAAUAGAUGUUGUUGAUUGUAUAUUAUACUUAUUGAUACCACAUAUUUUAGUUGAAAUUAUCUCAUUACAAUAAAAAAUAUAUCCAUCAACCAGUUAUAACAACAUACAUAAGCAUAUAAAAUGGCCAUAGCUCUGUAUAGGUAAUAGGUUGCAAUUCAAAACACUAAUAUUACUUUAUCUGAGAGUGGAAAGUGAAAGCUGUCUAUAUUUUUACGUAGGUUUUGUCUAAUUCGUGUGUUAAAAUGUGUGGUCUCAGUAUAAGUAUAUUAUGAUCAUUGGCAAUUACUUGUAUUACUUGUAUUUCAAUGUAGGAAAUUAAAAAGAAUAAUAUAUUUUUACAUUAUAAGCUUCAGUAUUUCAACUUUAGGUACUUAAAAAUUAUUAAAAUACUUUCGCUUAAACUAUGAUUACCUUGAUCUUUUCUUAAAUAAUUAUUACACCUACCUAUCUAUCUUUUUUUAUUAUAUACUUAUGUUUAGAUAUAUCCUAUUCUUUGUUAUAUUAAUUAGUUUAUAAGAAAUUAAGAGUAUUGUAUAUAAAUUAUUACCUAAGUAGGGCUGUAAGAUUAGAUUGAAGUUAAUCAUUGUUCACGCUUUAAUUUUCCUGUCUAAAAUAAUUCUCAUAGAUUUCUUUUAUAUAAAAAAUAACUAUUAAAUCAAGUAUUGCAACGAAAACUAGAUAUGUAAAAAUAGCACAUAGUAGGAACAGUCUAGAAAAAGAUACGUAAGCAACGUAUCUCGUUAGUUAAGGAUCGAAUGGAAAUUUUAUAAAAAGAUAAUAUCGAUUUA